CCUCAGGCCUGGGCCGCUGCGAGGCGUGAGUCUCCCGGCGGACUCGGGGACCUUUGCUGCACGGCCCGGCCGCGGGUUGCGGAGCACGAUGAGGGUGUAGUUUUCCAGGCUGUGAGGGCAGGCUGCUGCUCUCCUGGCACGUGUUGCUCAUACGUUGUGGUGCAUAGCAAGCUCAUUAGCUGAGGAGGUUCUGCCUGUUCCUGCAGAAGCUUGGAAGUUGUUGUUCAAGUACCUACUAUGCCUGCAAACCUUUAGGCUGACUGCUCCUGUUCCAGAAAUGCUAAAAUACAUUAGCAACGGAAGUUUGUAUCCGCAAAACAAACAGUGACUGUUACAAAAACUGUGGAGAGUGAACAAAGAGAAGUUAUUUUAUGAAGUGUCUGAUCAAAAAGCCUUUCUGCUGAGAAGAAAUCAGACUUCUCGCGUGCCUCAGCAAAGAUCGCACUAACGUUGGAGGGUUUGUGGUGAAGACGCCAGUGCAGGGCACAGGCUAGCCAACAGACAGAAGUGGCUUUUAGAUUACUGCCAGCCUGCGCUAGACACAGACUUGCAGCAGAAGAUGGAACCAAUUCCUGUCACUGGCUGAGGACACUACGUAGCAACAGCAUUGGUGUAGUUUAUAGAUUUAGUGCAACACAAUGAAAAUUGGACUGCUGCUUUUUUGCCAAAUUCCACAGUAACCCUUACUGCUUUUAACGAAUACACCUUUGACCCAUUUGGUUGCACUGGCACUAUUUUGUGCUCAAAACAUGAGUUAGUGCAUUAUAAAGAUUACUUAUCUUUAAGGUGUAGGUGGCUUUUUUUAUUCUCAGAUGCAGCCAUUAACUCGUGAUGAAAAACUCUUACCUGCAGAGAUGUAUUCCAAAUGCUUAGCUGAGUGACAGCACACGCAUAUGCACAGGGAACACUGCCAGUACUAACAGUGACAUGGCACUGGCUUCACAUGAUUUAUCUGGGAGGGGACAGCCAACUCCUGCUUGGAAACACACCCCCGCCGCCUUUGCCUAAACCCUCAUAAAGUUUCCACAGCGGCAGUGAAAGGUGAGGAGUUGAACUCUGGGCUCUGAAUAGACACAGAGGACCUCUCCUAGGCUACCAUCAGCAGGAGUACAAUUGUAAGCUUUUCUAGGAACUGUGGUUGCCUUCAGAUCUAUGCAGUGCCUGGCACAGUAGGACAUCCACCAAACACGACGUCCAGUCCUGCAUCUGUCCACAUAGCGUGGCUGAUAUGCAACUUUUUGGGUGACCCGUGUAUUCCUCCUUUCUGAAACGCUGCAAGAGGAGUACUCCCAAGAGGCUUGCUAGCAUCAUAAAGAUGAAAAGAGACUCUGGAUAUUCCACCAUGGCUGAGCAGCAGAAGCAGGAAGUGAAGCUCUGGGAUGCCAUGAAGAUCACUGCCUUUGUCCUUGGCACAGGCCUGCUCGUAUUCACUGCCUUAGCGAACUCUGUUUCUUGGUAUGUGCAGAAUAUCUGGGACCCUCCAGGCCAUUUCUGGCAAACAACAUGGCUAAAGUUCUACUACCUGUUUGAUGGAAAGGAGUGGACAAUCUUCCUCCUUGGGGCUGCAUUGGUUCCUAGCCUUGCUUUCUGGUGCUUCAAUGGAAUCCUUAUGGUGGCUGACGUAACAGGAAAGCCAGCUUUCAUUACCCGCUAUCGCAUUCAGCUGGGCAAGAAUGAUCCUGUGGACACAAAAAAAUUGCGCCAAGCCAUCUACACAGUGCUGUGUAAUCAGUUCUUUAUCUCCUUGCCCAUGCUUGUGCCCAUGUUCUACGUCAUGAAAUGGUGGGGCAACACCUUCAGCAAGGAAUUACCCGCCUUCUACUGGUUUCUUGUGGAGCUAAGCAUCUUCACCUUAAUAGAGGAAAUUCUCUUUUAUUAUACACACAGGCUUGUUCACCUCCCGCUCCUGUAUAAGCACAUUCACAAGAAGCACCACGAAUGGACAGCCCCCAUUGGCGUGGUCUCCGUUUAUGCUCACCCGGUAGAACACAUACUCUCCAACACACUGCCUGUCAUGACUGGCCCGAUGAUCAUGGGGUCUCAUAUUGUGUCAAUCGCAGCGUGGUUCUCCAUUGCUCUCAUAACAACAAGCAUUUCGCACUGCGGCUACCACCUGCCCUUCCUGCCGUCGCCAGAGUUCCACGACUUCCACCACCUCAAGUUCAACCAGUGCUACGGAGUCCUGGGAGUGCUGGAUUAUCUGCACGGAACAGAUAGAGUGUUCAGACAAACCAAAGCCUUUGAGAGACACAGGGUCCUCCUCAGCCUCACGCCACUCUCGGAAAGCAUCCCCGAUGCACCCAGGAGGGCAGAGUGAACCCAGCAGCCUGCGGUUCUUCCUGAGCCCAGUGACUGGCAGAGCGAGACACAAUGAUUUACGCCAAAUAGUAUUUUAAUUAGGAAACAAGUUAUUCUUCACACAUAACAAAAUCAAAGCUGAAUUUGAACAUGCUACUUGAAAUGACUGCGCUUUUGCUGCCUGUUAUUUUCUUCCUAAGGCACAAAAAAACCUGCUCUAGAAAGCUAUUUUUAAAC